AUGGAACCCAGUAAGGAGCUGGCCAGAACCUCUGAAUCGUCUCAUCAGUCAGUCAAUGAUAUCAUCAAGGGGCAGGAGGGUAAAUUUAUUGUCAAUCAGGAUAGGGCCCUGGCCAUUUACGAGAUGAAGGAUUUCUCGCGGUUGAUCCAAGACAUAGGUGGUCUGGUCGACGAUUUGACUGAAUUGUUCCCAGCGGAAAAUAAGCACUGCGGGAUCUAUAAGAAUGAAGCUUCAAGGAUGGACAAGGUCAAGAUUGGUCUGUCACUCCUUAAAGAGACUUAUGCUAGCCAGGAUGGCUUUUCGAGUGAAAUCGUUGUCAAGGCCACUAAGCUUACAAUUACCUAG